ACACGAUUGGACUCGUAGCAGGAAGUAGUGAAAUGAAAAUAAUUUCUGUAAUGGUACAGACAGAUCGGCACACGGUCCGUACAGCUUUUCGUGCAAUCACCAAGCCUCAGGAUGGAAAAAGUAAUAAACUGUUUUUGCAAACGACCUGAUGCUGUGGCAAGACUGGUCUGCUUUCCCUGGGCUGGAGGAGGUUCCAUUUAUUAUGCUCGUUGGGGCCAACUCUUUAACAGUUCAGUAGAAGUUUACUCUGUUAAACUUCCUGGAAGAGAAACCCGAGUUCAAGAGCCUUUUGCAGAAGACAUCCAACAGAUUGUUGAUGAAGUCAUUAGCGUGUUGCUGCCAAAACUCAAAGAAAAACCUUUUGUGUUUUUUGGUCACAGUUUUGGGGCACUUACCUGCUUUGCUACUGCGGAACACUUGAAAAAAAAACAUGGACUAGAGCCAGUGCAUCUUUUUGUAUCUGGUACUUCAGCCCCACAUUCCAAGGCGCGUCAGACCUCGAUGAAGAGGUCUGAGUUGUCGGAUGAAGAGUUCCUCAAAUGGAUGACUGCAGUAGGCGGAACUCCUUCUGAAAUCUUAAAGAACACAGAAGUAGUGAAGUUAUUUCUUCCCGUCCUGAAAGCUGAUAUGCGGGUUGUAGAGAAAUACAGCUAUCCAGCACCAGAGAGCAAUGUUCUUACCUGCCCUGUUACAUGUUUUGAUGGAAAAGAGGAUACACCACAUGACCUAGAAGCAUGGAAGGAUCUAACCAGUGGGGAAUUCACAAUACAAAUGCUUCCAGGAGCUCACUUUUAUUUAAAGGAUCCCAGCAACGAAACUAUAAUAAUAGACAACAUCACAAAACAUUUAGAGACUGCUGAAAUGGAUUAUCUAAAAUGAUGUUCAUCUUCUCAGAUUUAAAUACUGGAAUUCUGUUUUUCUUUUGUUUUAACUGUCAGCCAUUCCAUAGUGGAGACUGCAAAUAUGUUGAUUAACCUGGUUUGAUUUGAUAUCAGACUGUCAGCGACACAGCACUCAUCCCAACAUACAGUAUGAUUUCAUUUAGGAUCACAUUCAAACCUGCAUAACAAAAACAAAAGAAACAGUAAAAUGAAUUUACAAGUCAGCAAUCUGUACCAUAGUUACAAAGAAUCUAUUUUACAGUAAUUUGAAUAUCAGCAUGGACCAGUUCGUAUUUAUUUGGCACAGAGAAAAGAGACAUUGAGGAUAACUGAUUGUGCAAAUGUUCUCAAAAAAUAUCUAAUGAAAUUAAGUAAAUUCCUAUGACAUAGCCUUAUUAGCGCAACCAGUCACUAACCAGAACUCGUUCAUAAGUAGUGUAAGAAAACACACACCACUAACGUGUAAAGAUGGCAGUAAAAACAAGGUCUAGUUUAUUGUAGUAAUACAAUACAAACAGAGCAGCGAGCUCCAGUCUCAGUAGGAAGGACACCUGAUCCCCAGGCACCGGGUUGUGUCAUCCUUUAAACAUAAGAGUUUCAUCCCUCAAGCUCAAGACAUACAUAUGAAAUACAGACAAUUUCCAUAUAUGGUUCUUAAUAAGUAGUUUAAUUAUUUUCUACAUGCGUAGCUCUCAGAUUUUGAAAACCUCAAUAUUUGUCUCAAUGCAUGUCCCUAACAGAUACAAUCAUAGCUGGAUUAAUUUACCGAUAUUUUUGUCAGUCUGUCUCUGUCUGUCUGUCUGUCUGCCUGUCUGCAAGCAGGCAAGCAGGCAGGGCAGCAAUGUGGAGUAGUGGUUAGGGCUCUGGACUCUUGACCGGAGGGUCGUGGGUUCAAUUCCAGGUGGGGGACACUGUUGCUGUACCCUUGAACAAGGUACUUUAUAUAGAUUACUCCAGUAAAAACCCAACUGUUUAAAUGGGUAAUCGUAUGUAAAUAUAAUGUGUACAAAAUUAAAUAAUGUGAUAUCUUGUAACAAUUGUAAGUCGCCCUGGAUAAGGGCGUCUGUUAAUAAAUAAAUAAAAAUGUAUGACGUAUGGCCAGUUGUACCUAAUAUAUACCAAUUGCAGAUAUACAGUAUGAUGUACCUGUGAAUAAACAAAAUUGCAUCAGUGGAAAUCACAAAAGAAAAACUGACAAAUGCGACAACUUUAAAAAAAAAAGUUUUAUUUAUGUUUAGUACAUUUCUGAAAGGUUUUAAAAUGAACAGUGUGUUUGAAACAAACUCCAUUGUUGAACCAUGAUUAGAAGAAAUACCCCCAGUACUACAGGGUAGCCUACACUUGCAAAUUAAACAGGUGCAUUAUAUACUACUUCAGUGGUUAUACUUUUCUUUACAGCCCGUACUUGUCAAUGACCUCCUUUGCUUUAGCAAUAUAGGCUGCCAUGGCAUCAUCCUUUGACAUUCCUGUAAGACACAAAAUACACACUGAAAAACAUUAGUAAAAAAAAAAAAUUUAUAUAUAUAUAUAUAUAUAUAUAUAUAUAUAUAUAUAUAUAUAUAUAUAUAUAUAUACACACACACACAUACAGUAAUAAUUAGUUAAUAUUUUGUCAAAAUAUGUAUUUAACAUUUUAAAGAUAUGGUAUUUGUGAUCAUGUUCUGUAAUUAAUAUUAAGAACCAUUUCAGUAUAAAAUGGAAAUUAUGAAAUGUGAAUUAAUUACUCAGUAAAUGUUAAAGGAUCAAUCUGUAUUUCCUGUUGGGCUUGACAGGUAAACUAAAAUAAGCAAACAUUCUCAACAUAACCACUUGGAUCCAUAGUAGAUUUCCUGGAGGAAAACACAACUUAGCACCAAUUGUUAUUUCUUGGCUUUAAAUGUUGUAAACAUUGCAGGUGGAGAUCAUUUGGAGUUAAAAGACUUGUUACCAUGGUGAUUUUACUAUUACUGCUUAUGUUAUGUCUUUGUUCCUUUCAUUAACUAUCGAACUUGAACCUCUAACCAAGUAGUGACUCAUUUAAUUAUACCUGUUAAACCUGAUGUCACAUAUUCUCAUGUUGCCCUCUUGUCAGAAACACCAUAUUUCCUAGAGUAAGUAGAUUACUUUUUCUUAAUUUUGCUUUCCCUGGCCUUUUUAUGAUGUCAGUCUGAGUGGUUAAUAUUGCAAAUGUCUGUCUUGUUAAUGUGCUAUCAACUCUUAAUUUAUAGUUACCUGCCAUAGAUAUGGGCAUUGUAGUUUAAAUCUGUAAAAGCGUCUUUAUAUUUGUAAGUCCCAGCACCACCUAGUGCACUUCCGUGUUCUGACAGCAAAUUAAAAGAAAAAAAAUAUCUAAGGUGACUAAUCACUAGAUAGUGCUGGCUCUUAUGUCUAUAAGGCCACUUUCUAGACAGACCUAGGCUAUGUUACAUACUGUAUGUCAAUGACAGCCAACUAUAACUGAAGAGCAGCUCCUGCACUCUGAUAGAUAUAAUAUAAAAGGCAAGGGGGGAAACUGAAAAUGUAUUUGAAGCUACUUUAAACGAGGUGUUUCAGGUGUUAGAACAUGAAAUGUUGUUUUUUGUGUAUUUUAUUUUUCUCAAGGUGGUAUCAGGAUAGGAUUAACAACACAAAUUCUCUGAUCUUCCACAAGAAGGCUGUCUGGACUCUGUAUUGAAAUGUUUGUUAGCAGUGUUAGCCAGCAGCUGCAGACACAGAAAUGUGUAACCAUUUAUAAAUAAACUUGUGGAAGAUUUAAACUCACAUAAGCACACAUCUGUUAGUUAAAAGUACCAAACGGUUGUGUGCCAUGCAUGCAGUGGCCUGAAACCUAGUCUCCUGAAACCAAGUUCCAAGCCACAAAGUGGCUUUGUGUUCCCUCAGCUUAAGUGAUAAAGAUUUGAAGCAAAUGGAGUAAUGCAACUAGAACAAUAUGGACUAUUAGAGCAAGAAGAAUUAACUAAAGACGGUAGUCUGUUUCUGGAAUAUAGGUAAAUAUGCUGUACUGUCAAUAAAGUAUUAGUAGUAAACUGA